AGCAGCAUCGCUGUUUCUUGGUGUGUGAGGAAAACGCAGAGAAUUGAGGAAGUUGCUGAGAAGAGUGUGCUGGGGAUGCUCUAGGAAAAGACUGAAUGCUGAGACGAGUUCCAGUCCUAGGGUAUCUGGUUUGCUCAAAAGAAAGUGAACAUCAUGGAUCAGAACAGCAGCCUGCCACCUUACGCUCAGGGCUUGGCCUCCCCUCAGGGUGCCAUGACUCCUGGAAUCCCCAUCUUUAGUCCAAUGAUGCCUUAUGGCACAGGACUGACUCCACAGCCUAUUCAGAACACCAAUAGUCUGUCUAUUUUGGAAGAGCAACAAAGGCAACAGCAGCAACAGCAGCAGCAACAACAGCAGCAGCAACAGCAGCAGCAGCAGCAGCAGCAGCAGCAGCAGCAACAGCAGCAGCAGCAGCAGCAGCAGGCAGCAGCCACUGCAGCAGCAGCAGUUCAGCAGUCAACAUCCCAGCAGGCAACACAGGGUGCCUCAGGCCAAACACCUCAGCUCUUCCAUUCACAGACUCUUACAACUGCACCCUUGCCGGGCACCACUCCCCUGUAUCCCUCCCCCAUGACCCCCAUGACCCCCAUUACUCCUGCCACACCAGCCUCUGAGAGCUCUGGGAUUGUACCACAGCUGCAAAACAUUGUAUCCACGGUGAAUCUUGGUUGUAAACUUGACCUAAAGACCAUUGCACUUCGUGCGCGAAAUGCUGAAUAUAAUCCCAAGCGGUUUGCUGCUGUAAUCAUGAGAAUAAGAGAGCCACGAACCACAGCACUGAUUUUCAGUUCUGGGAAAAUGGUGUGCACUGGAGCCAAGAGUGAAGAACAGUCCAGACUAGCAGCCAGAAAGUAUGCCAGAGUUGUGCAGAAGUUGGGUUUUCCAGCUAAGUUCUUGGACUUCAAGAUUCAGAACAUGGUGGGGAGCUGUGACGUGAAGUUCCCCAUAAGGUUAGAAGGCCUUGUGCUCACCCACCAGCAGUUUAGCAGUUAUGAGCCAGAGUUAUUUCCUGGUUUAAUCUACAGAAUGAUCAAACCCAGAAUUGUUCUCCUUAUUUUUGUUUCUGGAAAAGUUGUACUAACAGGUGCUAAAGUCAGAGCAGAAAUUUACGAAGCCUUUGAAAACAUCUACCCUAUUCUAAAGGGAUUCAGGAAGACGACGUAAUGGCUGUCAUGCACUCCUGCCUCCCUCACCCAAUUGGUUUUUUAAACAAAUCAGUUUUCGUACCUUUAAAUGGUGGUGUUGUGAGAAGAUGGACAUUCAGUUGCAGGUUGCAGCACCAGGUGAUGUUCUUCUGUAUGUCAGCUGUGGGGUGCCAGGAAGGGGUGUUGUUUCUGCACUGGGAACACCGCGCAGCAUUACUGUGACUUCCUUGUACUGUGCUGCUAUUUGGGCAGCACUGCCCAUUUAUUUAUAUUUAGAUUUUAAACACUGUUGUUGAGAGGUUGGUUUAAGGGACAAAACUUUAAGUGUUAAAGUCACCUCUACAGUUGAUUGGACUUUUUAUUUUAAUUUCUUCCCCCAUAAACCGCAGUUUUUAUAUUUCUAUGAGAAAAGUAAAAAUUUUUUAAAAAGUUGUUUUUCUAAUUUGUAACUCCUAGGGGUUAUUUUUGUGCCAGACACAUUCCGCCUUUCCAGUAUUGCAGGACAGAAUAGAUGUAUUAAUGAAAACGAAUGGCUGUACAUAUUUUUCUUUCUUUGGAGAAUUCUGUACAAUAAAUACAGUUUAUAAAAGUG